UAAUCUUUCCCGCGGGUGGUGCUGUGCUGGUAUAACUAGUCGCCGCGGUCGCCCCCGCCGCCGCCCUUCCUCCUCAAGCCUCUGCCCUGCAUCGACCGACCCCUCCUCGCUCUGCCCUGCCCGGCCGCGGCCUCUCUCCUCCGACCCGCUCCCCGCCCCCACCACCAUCACCUGCUCAUCCGCCCGCCAUGGAUCCCUGCUCCGGGGGCCGUGCCGCCGUCGCAGCCGGGCCUCUGCCGCGCCCGCUCCUCGCCGCCUGCUGUAGCCUCCUCGCCAAGCACCUGUAGCGACCGCGUCCACCGAGCUUGGAAGCCCAGCAAGCCAGCCGCGCCCUCCCGCAGCUCCUCCAUCGCCGCCUUUCAGCCUGAGCCUGACUCAAGGAGGCGAUCGAUUAACAACUACUUACUUGCAGCAGCAGCAACAGCAAUGGCGGGAGCUGGUUUCCAGUGACACGCGGCGCCAUGGAUCCCCAGCCGUUCGUGCGGCUCUCCGUCGGCCAGCUCGGUCUCAAGCUCCCCGCCGGCGGAAGCGCCGGCAAGGCGGCGUCCCGGCUCUGCGACUGCGAGAUCCGGCUCGGCGGGUUCCCGGUGCAGACGGCUCAGGUGCCCCUGAUCCACUCGCCGGAGUUCAACCUCGACCCCUUCACCAACGCGGCGGUCUUCUCCCUCGACGAGUCCGACCUCAAGGCGCUGGCGGCGCCGGGGUGCUUCCGGGCGGCCCCGCGGUCGUGCCGCCUCGAGGUCGCCGUGUACCUUGCCCGCCUCGGCGCGCGCUGCGGCGUCGCCUGGAGGAAGCGGCUCGUCGGCGUGUUCAGGGUGGAGCUCGCGCCGCCGUCGGAGUGGCGGGAGGGGAAGCCCGUGCUGCUGCACCAUGGGUGGGCCGGCAUCGGCAGGGGCGAGGCCCGGCCGGAGCUCCACCUCCGGGUGAAGAUGGAGGCCGACCCCCGGUACAUCUUCCAGUUCGACGAUGAGAUCGCCCUCAACCCCCAGGUUGUCCAGCUCCAUGGCAGCAUCCGCCAGCCCAUCUUCAGCUGCAAGUUCAUCCGCGACCGCCGGCCGUCUCAGGGAGACCCGUUGGGCGGGCAGUACUGGUCGAGCUCGGGCAGCGAGGAGAAGGACAUGGAGAUGGUGGUGAGGAGGGAGAGGAAGGGCUGGAAGGUGGUGAUCCACGACCUGUCCGGCUCGGCCGUCGCGGCGGCGUUCAUGGCGACGCCGUUCGUGCCGGCGCCGGGCGGCGACACGGUGGCGCGGUCGAACCCAGGCGCGUGGCUCAUCGUGCGCGCCGGCGCCGUGGGGGCGCCGGAGAGCUGGCAGCCGUGGGGCCGCCUGGAGGCGUGGCGGGAGUUGUCGGCGCCGGCGCCGGCACCGGCGGUGGCGAGCAGCAGGGACACGGUGCGGCUGCGGCUGCACCUGCUCCCGGACGGGCAGGACGACUGCGUGCUCGUGUCGGAGGCGCCCCUGAGCAGCGACAAGGGCGGCGAGUUCUGCAUCGACAUGGACCGGCAGGCGGCGGCGGUGGCGGCGGGCGCCGCGGCGGCGGACCACUGCGCGGCGAGCCUGGGUGCCGCCGCGUGCGCCGGCGGCGGGUUCGUGAUGAGCUGCAGGGUCGAGGGGGAGGCGAGGAGCAGCAGGCCGCUCGUGCAGCUCGCCAUGCGCCACGUCGCGUGCAUGGAGGACGCCGCCAUGUUCGUCGCGCUCGCCGCCGCCGUCGACCUCAGCGUCAAGGCGUGCCGGCCUUUCCAGAGGAAGCCCGGCAAGAAGGCCGGCUCUUCGCCGGCGCCCGACCCUCUCGAGCUCGACACGUAGAAAGCACUGCGCAGGAACACACUGUAAAUUGACUUAGCAUCCAUCCGUCCAUGCCCAUGGAAUCCAUCAUCUAACUCUGUAAAUUCACUUAUUUUCACAAACUGGACAGCAUCGUUUGCAGCAAGCCAGCAAUCAGAACUCUAUCGUUUGAUCUUGAUUCAAAUA